CCUGGCUGCGUGAUUGGCAAUCGACCCCUGCCUAGAGGCCGGUGAGGGCCGCUGCCGCCGCUGCUCGGCCCGGCAUGGCGGGUUGCAAGGCGUACAGAACUCGAGCCCGCAGGAAAGGUAGCUGGAAUCGGCCCGCUACUCUGAUUUUAUAGAAGAGCUAUUCCAUAUGAAGAUGGGACUUCUGGUGUUUAUGCGUAACGUGCUACUUGCUCUCUGCCUCUUUCUCGUCUUGGGGUUUCUGUAUUACUCAGCUUGGAAACUGCAUCUGCUCCGAUGGGAGGAUUCAAAAUAUGACAAACUGGGAUUUCUUCUGAAGUUGGAUUCCAAACUGCCUCCAGAGCUGGUAUCAAAAUAUGGAAAUAUCUCAGAGGGUGUUUGUAAGCCUGGGUAUGCUUCUGCUUUGAUGACUGCCAUCUUUCCAAAAUUCUCCAAGCCAGCACCAAUGUUUUUGGAUGAUUCCUUCAGGAAAUGGGCAAGGAUUCGGGAUUUUCUUCCACCUUUUGGGAUUAAAGGACAAG